AUGCAUCACUGUAAGCGAUACCGCUCCCCUGAGCCAGACCCGUACCUGAGCUACCGAUGGAAGAGGAGGAGGUCUUACAGUCGGGAGCACGAAGGGAGGCUGCGGUAUCCGUCUCGAAGGGAGCCUCCGCCCCGGAGAUCUCGGUCCAGAAGCCACGACCGCCUGCCCUACCAGAGGAGAUACCGGGAGCGCCGCGACAGUGACACAUACCGGUGUGAAGAGCGGAGCCCAUCCUUUGGAGAGGACUGCUAUGGAUCUUCCCGUUCCCAUCAUCGUCGGCGGUCGCGGGAGAGGGAGCCGUACCGGACCCGCAAGCACGCCCACCACUGCCACAAACGCCGCACCAGGUCUUGUAGCAGCGCCUCCUCGGUGAGUGGUGGCCAGAGUGUGCCGGCUGGGGCACGUGUCCCUUGCAAUAUCCCUAUCGUUAUAUAUGCUGUGUGCCUUAUGAAAUGCUGGGAUCUGGAAAAUCCAACCAACCAACCCACCGGCUCCUCACCGUCUCCACCUCUGCCUUUGACUGACACCUCAAUCUGUCAAUCGGAACCGCCUACCAUGCGAUUGGUCGGAUGGCGUUUCGGGGGGCGGUGCAUGCAGAGAAGCCAACAGAGCAGUAAGCGCAGCAGCCGGAGUGUGGAAGAUGACAAGGAGGGCCACCUGGUGUGCCGGAUCGGCGAUUGGCUCCAAGAGCGAUAUGAGAUCGUGGGGAACCUGGGUGAAGGCACCUUUGGCAAGGUGGUGGAGUGCUUGGACCACGCCAGAGGGAAGUCUCAGGUUGCCCUGAAGAUCAUCCGCAACGUGGGCAAGUACCGGGAGGCCGCCCGACUAGAAAUCAAUGUUCUCAAAAAAAUCAAGGAGAAGGACAAAGAGAACAAAUUCCUGUGUGUCUUGAUGUCUGACUGGUUCAACUUCCACGGUCACAUGUGCAUCGCCUUUGAGCUCCUGGGCAAGAACACCUUUGAGUUCCUGAAGGAGAAUAACUUCCAGCCUUACCCCCUACCACACGUCCGGCACAUGGCCUACCAGCUCUGCCACGCCCUUAGAUUUCUACAUGAAAACCAACUGACCCACACAGACUUGAAGCCAGAGAACAUCUUGUUUGUGAAUUCUGAGUUUGAAACCCUCUACAAUGAGCACAAGAGCUGUGAGGAGAAGUCAGUGAAGAACACCAGCAUCCGAGUAGCUGACUUCGGCAGUGCCACCUUUGACCAUGAGCAUCACACGACCAUCGUGGCCACCCGUCACUAUCGCCCACCUGAGGUGAUCCUUGAGCUGGGCUGGGCCCAGCCCUGUGACGUCUGGAGCAUUGGCUGCAUCCUCUUUGAGUACUACCGGGGCUUCACCCUCUUCCAGACCCACGAGAACCGAGAACAUUUAGUGAUGAUGGAGAAGAUCCUGGGGCCCAUCCCAUCGCACAUGAUCCACCGUACCAGGAAGCAGAAAUAUUUCUACAAGGGGGGCCUGGUUUGGGAUGAGAACAGCUCUGAUGGCCGGUAUGUGAAGGAGAACUGCAAACCUCUGAAGAGUUACAUGCUCCAGGACUCCUUGGAGCACGUGCAGCUGUUUGACCUGAUGAGGAGGAUGUUAGAAUUCGACCCUGCCCAGCGCAUCACAUUGGCGGAGGCCCUGCUGCACCCCUUCUUUGCCGGCCUGACCCCCGAGGAGCGGUCCUUCCACACCAGCCGCAACCCAAGCAGAUGACAGACGCAGGCCACCACGUGCGAUGGAGAGCGGGACUGGGCUGCCCGGCCCCUCUUCUCCAACCUCCACCACCACCAGGCCCCAGGGCCAGAGCCACCAAACGAACAGUGCAAUGUGAAGGAAGGCAGGAACCCGCAGGGGAGGGGACUUGAUACCCGGCUGCCAGAAAGCACAGAUUUGACCCAAGCUAUUUAUAUGUUGUAAAGUUAUAAUAAAGUGUUUCUUACUGUUUGUAACCCCUGGUACCGGUGUGUCCGUCUCCAGGCUCCUUGCCUUCUCCUCCCCCUACCUGAUUAAUAAAGUCUUUCUUAGCAGUUCA